UCUCUAAAAUUAGGCAUUGAUCCAUACUUAACACCAUACAUCAAGAUAAGGUCAAAAUGGAUUCAUGACCUAGGCAUAAAGAAUGAGGUUAUAAAUAAAUUGGAAGAGCAUAGGAGAGUUUACCUCUCAGACCUGUGGAAGAGGAAGGAAUUUAUGAACAAAGAAGAACUAGAGAUAAUUAUUAAUCACAAAACAGAAAAUUUUGAUUAUAUCAAAUUGAAAAUUUUUCGUACAAACAAAAUUAAUGCAGACAAGAUUAGAAAGGAAGCAAUAAACUGGGAAAACAUUUUUACAGUCCAAGGUUCUGAUAAAGGCCUCAUUUCCAAAAUAUAGAGAGAAUUGACUCUAAUUUGUAAGAAAUCAAGCCAUUCUCCAAUUGAUAAAUGGUCAAAGGAUAUGAACAGACAAUUCUCAGACAAAGAAAUGGAAACUGUUCCUAGCCACAUGAAAAUAUGCUCCAAGUCAUUGUUAAUCAGAGAAAUGCAAAUUAAGACAACUCUGAGAUACCACUACAAACUUUCUCUCCACUGUGGAUUUUCUCACUUUCCAAGUUACCAGGACCAUCUGGACAAAUUGGCUAAGAUAACAGGAAAAAAUGAUGAGGAAUGUUGGAGGGGAUGUGGGAAAACCAGGACACUGAUGCAUUGUUGGUGGAGUUGUGAACGAAUCCAACCAUUCUGGAGAGCAGUCUGGAAUUAUGCCCCAAAAGUUGUCAAACUGUGCAUACCUUUUGAUCGGACACUGCUACUUCUGGGCUUAUAUCCCAAAGAGAUACUGAAGAUGGGAAAGGGACCUGUAUGUGCCAAAAUGUUUGUGGCAGCCCUGUUUGUAGUGGCUAGAAACUGGAAAAUGAAUGGCUACACAUCAACUGGAGAAUGGUUGGGUAAAUUGUGGUAUAUGGAUAUUAUGGAACAUUAUUGUUCUGUAAGAAAUGACCAGUAGGAUGAAUACAGAGAGGCUUGGAGAGACUUAAAUGAACUGAUGCUAAGUGAAAUGAGCAGAUCCAGGAGAUCAUAAUACACUUCAACAACCAUACUGUAUGAGGAUGUAUUCUGAUGGAAGUGGAUUUCUUUGACAAAGAGAUCUAACUCAGUUUCAAUUGAUGAAUGAUGGACAGAAGCAGCUACACCCAAAGAAAGAACACUGGGAAAUGAAUGUAAACUGUUUGCAUUUUUGUUUUUCUUCCCGGGUUAUUUUUACCUUCUGAAUCCAAUUCUCCCUGUGCAACAAGAGAACUGUUUGGGUCUGCACACAUAUAUUGUAUCUGGCAUAUACUGUGACAUGUUUAACAUGUAUAGGACUGCCUUGCCAUCUGGGGGAGGGGGUGGAGGAAGAGAGGGGAAAAGUCGGAACAGAAGCCAGUGCAAGGGAUAAUGUUGUAAAAACUUAGCCAGGCAUGGGUUCUGUCAAUAAAAAGUUAACUAUUUUUAAAAGAAUAAUAAUAAAAAUAAAUAAAUAAAGUAUAAAAAAAGAAAGAAAGAAGUCUCUAAAAUGAAGGCUCGCCCUCCCCCUGUCCUCCUCUCGGGAUCCCAUUCCUCCCCAUCCCCCUCUGUGCCCUUUUUCUGGUCCCGACGCGGAAGGAGACAAGAGGCUACGUGGGCGUCCUUGACAGCCAGGGAUAUAAGUACCGGCCCCAGACCUCCUGGAGCUUCAGAAGGCACUUGGAGCAGCUGGUGGAGGAAGCAGAGCGAGUCCGUCCGCCAUCGGCCAGAGUGUCUGCGCUUUCUAGGCUCGAAUUACUACGUAAGUUUUUUUUUUCUUUCUUUCUGUAUCUUUGCGGUGAUGAAGGGUCCCCCUGAGCGACGGUUUAUUGUCCCAAUGUUCUCUCGGCCCCAGCGCCGGAAACUCUUCCAAUCCAGGGCCGCCAAUGGAAGCGAGCUCCCGAUUGUAGAGGGCUCUCCCCUGUGUGCGGCAGCAGGGGGGCCUGGGGACAGCUCCUUGGCUACCUCAGCCCCGAACCGGGGCCACCCGGGCUCCCUGCCUCCCGCCCCGAACGGGGAGCAGGGAAACCGCAAGGUUGUGAAGGAGAAAGGGAAAGGGGACCAGGGAAAGGCCGAGUCCUCCCCUUGGCUGAAUGCCCGCCAUGUCUCCUUGGAAGGAGAGGGUCCCCAGCUCCUUGCCUUGGAAAACCCUGCCAGCAAAGCGGUGCAGGGCUGCCUUGUGCCGCUCUGGCCCGAGGCUCUGCCGGGAAGCACCCCCGGGCCCAGGGAAGGCCAUCUGGCAAAGGAUGGCCCAGGUCUUGGGGGGCAAGAGGUAGGAGAGAAUGGGAGGAGGCCCACUGCCAGUCUUACCGAGGACAAGCAACUGGGAGAGGGCUUGCACCUUGGCCUUCCCCCUUCUCCCUCCAGGGAAGUGGGGCAGCAGAAAGGCUCCAGAACCCCCAACACCAGGUUUUCAGACAUGGAUAAAGGGGUGCGGACGCGGCCCAAGCUGAGCGGCGGCAAGAAGCUGCCAGCGACAACGGGGCGUAAAGCGGCCCUCCCGAGGGGGAAGCGCCCCGAGACCCAUCCCGAGGCCGGCCAAGAGGCCUGGAUAAAAGACCUGGACUCCCUGCGCAGGCGCAUGCUGCAGGAGAUCCCGGAGCUUCAGGCUUUGGGGAAGCAGGAGGACGUGGCCGCUGCCGUCCCAACCCGCCAGGGCAUUGCCAUGAUCCAAGAGCGUCUGGCAGCCCCAGCAGGAGCUUCGACAAUAGCCCCGGUUGCCUUGCGCCUCCCUCCUCUCCUUUGUCUCUCUUGGAAGGUAAAAAACCCAAAGGCCUGA